CUGUAUAGAGCUUCAAAGCUUUCUCGGAGCUUAAUCAUUUUUAUUGGAAGAUUAGAAUUCUUUUUCAUUCAUACAGUAGAAUAACUAGAAGUUUACCUCACACUCACUAAGAAUUUUAAGAAGUCAAGAUUGUUUUGAUUUUAAAACACUUCUUUUUAGCUGCUUGAGAAAUGUCACAAAAGCAAUUUAAAAAAGCAUACAUUUAUUAUGGAAUGUUCAGACUGCCGGGAUCAGAUGGAAAGCUAGAUUAUGUGUGCUCUUUCUUCCCCAGUGCCAUUGCAGAAUGGAAUGGGUUGCCCGAAUCAGCCAAGAUGUUGGACAAAGAAAUAUACAUAAAUGCUUAAGAACAUGUAACUUGAGAAACUGUCCUUGGGGUAUCGUAAUCUUGAACUAACAUCUGAAUUUUCCGAGGUUUAGUUAUGAAGUACGGACAUGCAUGUCAAGUAUGUGCCUACUGUGCUUGCUACAUUAGGCUUUAUAACUGCUACAGGAACUACAGUGAAUUUCACUAUUGAAACCAAGGAAUUCGACCAAAAGGAUUGUUCGACUAGCUGCUUAUAUGGACUAAUCGCUGAUAAUGACAAAUUUAUAUUGCAUUCCUCUUUAAAAAUAUCGAAUAUUAUACCAAUAGCCAAUUUAAUUUUAAUAGUAGAGGUGAAAACAACAAAGAGUGUCAAAUUCGCUGUGAUUUAUCAAGAGGACAUACUGGUUUGCUUAAAUCGUACUGGUCAAGAAGUCGAAUGUUAUAUGAUCAAAGAAGAUUAUUUUAACAUUACCAUUAAAUAUAACGCUACGUCUAAGUUAAGUGAAGCGUCCUUAAAAGUUGCUGUUUCAUAUGAAAGAAAAUAUUUUUUUGGCAACGUUAUUCAACUACCUCACAUAUCUGAUACAAUGAAAUCCACACUUUUAUUAAACAACGAUAGGCUGCCACUAAUGUCACAUAAAUGUGAGACUGAUUUGAUAAGAAAAGGAAGUUUACAUUUUUGUUGUGAAGAGAAUAAUAUAGUCAAAACCACUGCAAUAAUAAAAAUAAACGGUGUAGUUGUUUCAAAAUCUGAGAGAUGCGCUGAGAUUCAAAUGCUUCCAUCUAUAGAAACCCUUACUAUUUUAGAUUUUGAAUGCAGUUUUUGUGAUGUACAACUCCUUACGUCUUCAUGUUAUUAUGGUAACGAUACAUCAGGAGAUACGUCAGGAGAUCCCCCUGAUAAAGCUAAAAUAAAAGAUGAUUCGUCUAGUCAUCAUUACGAACUAAUUAUAAUGUUUGGAAUAAUCAUGGCCAUCUUAAUUCUCAUAUUAAUUUGUGUUGCAUUUAUUUGCAUAAAGCAAGUAAAAGAAAGGAAUGAGAGACCUGGACAAGCGGAACAAGAGAGCAUGAUUAGCAAUGUAACGACUAGACUAUAAGGUAAACGUUUGCAGAAACCGAGAAUACAAAUAUUUUUUUUCGAGAAAUUUAGUUUGGGCAUUUAUUUUUACUUUUAUUCCAUUUUUGUCCAAUUGUUUAGCAUAUCUUCACAGACUUCUUUUAGAUAAGCUUCACAGCAUAUAGUUCACUCCUUCAAUACAGUUAAAAUGUUAGAUACCAUUGUUAUAUUUUUUUUGGAUAUAUUCUCUGUACCUAAUUGUUAUUGAAUUCAUAACGUAUUUUCGUUAUAUAGGGGUAUGAAUUAUGGUCCAUAUGGAACUAGUUCUAUAUUCAUUGGAAUUAUUAAUAGUAACCUUGCUUUAGCAGAUUUACAGCUUCUUGGUGUUUUCAUUUUCAUUAGGUUUGGCAUAAUUAAAUAACAUUUUCUUAAAAUUAAGUUCUAUGAGAUUCGUUAAUUGAAUUAGUGUUAUUUCUUUUUAGCUGUUUAAGAUAUUCCCGUGGGGUUUAUUACGUGAAAAUGUUUGUAGAUCCUCAUUAUUUUUUACUAAAAUGUUAUACGUAGGAACACAUAACAGUGAUCCUAUAUUUUUUAAAAAGUAAACAUGAUUUAAUCUUUUGUUGCUUUUGAUAAAUAAUUUUAAGCAGAUAACUUAUUUACCUCUAGCAAACUGGUCUGCAAUAAUACAACAUUUGACUUUUGCCAUCAGCUUCACCGUGCUUUAAUGUGAUACAUUUUUGUCCAGUUGACCUUGUUAACAGCACAAGUGUCUAUGAAUUUGUCCAACACAUUCCUUGUAUAAAUUUAUGUUUUUUUUUGUGACAAUAUAUUUUUUAAAGAAUUGAAGAGGAAAUUUAUAAAUAUAUUCUUUAAGGCUGUGAAACGAACUACUAAAUUGAGAAGCAAUAAAGGUUAGUUCUACAAUUAGUGACAUAAUGGGGGAAUAAGUUUUAAAAAAAAUUAAUUGUAAACACAGUAGUGAUUUCCCUUACAAAGUUUAAAUAAGGGCAGGUAGACCGUGUUUAGUUGUAACUAGCUCCUGAGUUACCAGCUUGACCACUGGACCUGUGUUGUGAACUGUAGAUAUUUUUUCUGUUAGUUAUGGGUCGUGUGUCUUGGUGUACUCGGGAGAAGUGUGCCCUGCUCUGGAGAUCUUUGGGCUAAGCAUAUCUUAAUAUCCAUUAUAUUUUAUAUAUUGCGAUUAAUUAGCUAAUAUAGCCUCAAAUGAUUUUCAGGCUCAGUAUAUUUUAACCCUGAUGUUAUGCAUUCUGGGGUACUCCCAAACGUGACAUUUUUCUAGCCUUGUCUCUGAGGGAUUCAACUCUGUAUUGAAUCAUCAGAUAGGUUUCACCGAACGGAUGGUGGGAAUCUAUGAAACUUGUAAGCUCAUAGGUUUCAUGACCAUUUUUUUUUUUUUUUCGUCUAAAAGUGGCUGUGUCAGCCUGAAGCCUGUAACCCCAGAGUGACCAAAAGUGGUCAUGUGUUGACCUGAGGCCUUUGACCUUUAUUUUUGUUUACAUUUUUGUGUGAUUUCCCUAAUUUGACAAUAGAUUGUGUGUUGUAACAUAUGACAUACAAUUUUUGAAUGUGUAACUUUUGUUUUUUUUUGUGUUGAGAAAUCCUCUGAGUUGACUGUCUCGUAGUUUAGACAAGUGUGUUUUGCUUUGUUUUUUUUCCUCUACUCGUAUUACUUGUACGGGGCGAGAGUGCCUUGUAUUUUUGUUUUGAAUUGUUUUUGUUAUGUCACAAAGUCCGGUGACAUUUAUUGGUCAUUCGUUGUCCUGACACAGUUCACCCUCUGAAUUUGGUUGAAACGGACGGUGUGUUAGUCUGUAAAAGAUUAUUAGUCUGUACUAGUUUCUUGACUUGUAUUAUUCAGUAGGAUUUUGUGGGACCGCUGUUUUAGGGUGAGUUACUUCGUUGUGAUAUCUCUUAUUGUAUGUUAUAUAUGAAGGUUGUCGCUGUUUCUAGUUUUGGAAUAGAGGUGUUAUUUCGUGUACAGGGUGCCAGUGCUGGAGUUGUAUAUACUGAGCUCGAUUCUAUGGCAGUGUGGGAGUCGCUUGUCGUCUCCGAAAUUUAUUGUAGUCUUGAGUGCCAUUGUCAGAUUGGCGAUCGUCGAUGGCGUUUAUUGUCAGGGCCAUUACACAUAAGUUGGUAUCAGUUGGUAUCAGCUGAGGUCUAACUUUAUUAUUACCGACGUUGGCAGUAUUGUGACGCCAGUCGGUCAGCGACUGGUGGACUAUGAAACCUGUGUGACAAGUUGAUAGCAGUAGCAUGGUGCUUAUGUGAAUUAUUGAAUAAUAUCUAUCUAUAUAUGUUAUAUAUAUUAUCUAUUCAUCAUUUUAUCACUCUCAUUGUACAUAUACAUAUAUCAGUAUCUUACAAUUAAAUUAUUUAUUUUUAUUGUUAUUUAAACCAUCCACAUAGUUGAUUACUCUAUGUUCGACUGUGUGUGAAUGAUGUUCUUGUCAGAUUAAACCUAUUCAACAACACAAAUAAUUCCUAAACCUGACAUUGAUGUCCUUUUAUUUACACAUUCAUUAUACUCUUCGUUUAAAUAAACUUUGUAUAUAUGUC